AUGUGGUAUGUUUUUGGCGUUAUACGUGUCCACUUUGUUCACUACAUUCUCACGUCCAUUCAGAUGAAUACCUUAGCAGAUUAUGGGGACGAGAGCGAUGAGGAUUCACCACGACGACGUUCUCAUGAUGAGCCGCCUAUCAAAAUAUUGAUUAGCGAAAAAGAGUAUGGGCCCAGCAGAGAGCUUUCGCCACAGAGAAGCCCUGAGCAGUCACCAAGAACAAGACGUAACUCGGAUAUGAUGUUUGAUGAUGGUGAUGUAAUGUUCGAUGAGCCGCGACGGUACUCAUCGUUCAGUGAUCAUAGUGACAGAAGUGAACCUACGGAGUUCCGAGAACCUCCGCCGCCAAAACGAAAAGUUGAUCAUUCGCCGUCACCAUCGAUUCCAACUCCAACAAACACCAAGCUACCUCAGGUAUCGUCAGCUGUUUCGCUUGUGUCUUAUAGCGGUGACGAUGAGGGGAAAGAAGAUGCUUUUGAAAGAGCUGAUCGUGCCGCUAAAAAUGUAUCCCGACCGACAACACCACCUUCAGGAAUGGUUGAACCACGACCGCCCGAGAGAGAAGAUGAUACCGAUGAUGAGAAUGAGCGACUUAUAGACAUGGCUCUUGAAGAUGGACGCAAUCUCAUGAAACAGGUCGAAGAUAGUGCUUCUACUGGGUCUGGUGGUUGGACACCUCGUCCCUAUGAUAGCCCUUUGCACGGAGUAGAGCAUGAUGUUGAUCCGAAGACCGCAGCCAUGACUCAAUUCGUUACGAGAAUGAAUGCAUCUCUUCAGAGAGUUGAUACUCCUCCUCAUCAAGAAGUUAGCAUACCUCCAGCUCCGACGAUAGAAUGUGAUCCUGAACUGGUGGAAGCUUUCUGCAAACAUUUCGAGAGAAAAGCGGCUGGUAUUGAUGUGAAUGUUGCCAUACAAGAAGUCAAAGACUUCCAAAAUCCAUCCAGCUAUGAGCAGCUGAUUUUGACUUUUGGUAUCGAUGAAGUUGCAACUUUGCUACCUCCUAAUCUGCUUACGGUGAACUAUCCAAAAUGUUGUCGAUAUGAGAAAAUCGCUGAAGAUCAACGGAGGCAUAUGGAACAUCUCACUGCUGCUAAGAAAAGUGGGCAUAGCGGAAGCUCUUCUUCAGCCCCAUCAGUCAAGAAGAAAAGCUGACGAUGAUCGUGAUCACACCGGUCUCAUGUUGUUCCAUUUGUACAAAGAAUAAAGCUAUCUCAUCUCAUC